GUGUUUCUAGUCGGAGGCUUAGCGGUGUGACACAUGACUUUCACGUGGGACGCAGUGCGAGUUAGUGCUCAUUACACUAUUGCAGUGUUCAUUACAUGUUCCGUUGAUUUACUUCAGUGACAUCGUUAUCGGAAGGUUGCCAGCCCUGGUCCUGGAGUACCUCCUGUCCUGCACCUUACAGGGUUUUCCCUCCUCCAACACACACUUCAGCUCAGGAAGGGCUGAUCAGUUGAAUCAGGGAUGCCUAAAAAAGGCAGAUCAGCAGUAAUCUCUCCUGAGGAGAAGAAGAAGGAGGGCAUGGAAGUGCCUGCUAAACACAGAAAGACAGACACCACUAGUCCUGCAUCUCCAUUGUGCUUCGACUCUCCAGCCAGCCUCUUCCAGAGUCUGAUCUCACCCACGCCUGUGGACGAGUUCUUCUGUGAGUACUGGGAGAAGAAACCACUGCUGCUGCAGAGAUCAGACCCAGCAAUCGUGUCUUACUACCAGUCCCUCUUUCAGCUGUCAGAUCUUAAACAGCUGUGUGCCCAGGGCCUGGAGUACGCCAGAGAUCUGAACGUUUUACGCUGCGUAAAUGGCAACAAGCUGGUGAUGAAUAAUGAGGGGCGAGUGAAAUACAACCAGCUGAGAAAGGAUUUUAAUCAGAAGAAAGCCACUAUCCAGUUCCACCAGCCGCAGAGGUUUAAGGAUGAGUUGUGGCAUAUUCAGGAGCGUCUGGAGUGUUUCUUCGGCUCGCUGGUCGGAUCCAACGUCUACAUCACGCCUGAGGAUUCUCAGGGUCUGCCGCCUCACUAUGAUGAUGUGGAGGUGUUUAUUCUGCAGUUGGAGGGUCAGAAGCACUGGCGACUGUACGAGCCGACCGUCCCACUGGCCCGCGAGUACAGCACAGAGCCCGAGGAGCGCAUCGGAAAGCCCACCCAUGACUUCAUACUGAAGGCAGGUGAUCUGCUGUACUUCCCCAGAGGAACCAUUCACCAAGCAGACACACCAGCAGGAGUGGAGCACUCCACACACCUCACUCUCAGCACAUACCAAAUCAUGUCAUGGGGUGACUUUGUGUUGGACAUCUUCCCUGGUUUUAUGUUCGACUCUAUGAAGAAUGACAUCAGCUUGCGUAGUGGUUUACCCAGAAACAUCCAUACUUCUGCACAUAUGGGUUCUGAGGUUAAGAAGAAGGUGUGUACGAUUCUGAGGAGUCUAGCAGAGCGACUGGAGCAGGAUGAACAGGAUCUGCGUUCCUCCGAGAUGAAGAGAGACUUCAUCUCCAACAGACUCCCACCUUACCGCCUGCAGGAGGAAGACCUCGCUCCAGCUGGAAAGUUGCCAAUGCUUGAGGACUCGGUGUGUGUGAGGUUCAGAGAACACAUUGUUCUGACACUGGAGCCCAGUCCAGACAACACAGAUGAGGCUAUAAAGUUAUCGGCAUUCGUGCUACACUCACUGAGAAACAAAAGGGAGACGCACAUGAUGGGGACUCAGGAUCAUCAUGAGGAGGAGGAGGAGAAGGAUGAAGAGGAAGAGGAUGAAGAGGAAGAGAAGACAGUACAGGGUCUGGAGUUCCCCAUAUCGCACCUCAAUGCUCUGCAGCAGCUCCUGAGUGGAGAGCAACUCCGUGUGGCUGAGCUGCCACUGCAACAGGAUGCUGAUAAACUGGGCCUGGUGCUCGGACUCUGGACAGAAGGAUUGCUGCAGGUCUGCUAACUAGACAUGUGCUGAUAUUUGUACAAUAAAGAUAUGAUUGGAAAAAAUACAAACAAUACUAAACUUGCUAUUCCUCAGUAAAAAAAAAAAAAAAAAAAAAAAAA